UCUCGUUGACCUCCCCCCCACACGGAGCAAGUGAGCAGAGAGAGAGAGAGGAUCCCGGCGAUUCAGAGAGGAUUCCGGCCCCGUCAGGUGGUCGGCGUCCUCGCCGGCGGCCGCCAUGGCACAACUCCCCUUCACCCCACCCCAGCGGCCUCUUCCCCCAAUACUCCUCACUGUUUUCUCCCCUUUUCUUCGCCGGAUCUGAAGACGGGCUGCCGGCGUCGACCUGCCGGCGUCGCCGAGGUUGGCGGGGUGAGGUCGGGUCUCGUUGUCUCCGCAUCGAGCGCGCUUAGCUCCGCCUCGAUUCGGCACCGCGUCGCGGAUGAGGAGCCGACGGAGCAGGGGAUGCUUCUGUCAGAGCAGGCCACGGGCGCCGUCGGCGCCAACCCAGGCGACGGCGAGGGCGCCAAUCCCCUCCAACCAGCCCCCGCAUCCAGCACGGGGUCGGCAGCGGCGGGGGUGCGCAGCGCGCAUCGACGAUGAUGUGGAGACGCGCGCGGUGGAUUGCUCAAGGGCGUGGAAGCGCACGGCAUGCCCGACAUCUUAACCUCCCCCGCGCAGCCAUUCCCAUGGCUGGUGGCAGCGGAGCCGAGGCGGGCCACUACAGAGAGGAGUUUCACCGAUGGAAGGAUGGCGUCGCGCGUGUGAGGCAGGCCGGAGCAGUGGAGGCGGGCUCGCUGCCGAUGCUCUCCUCUAGUUCCUGCCGUCGUCCUGCUUCCCUGGACUCCUCCGUGCUCACCAGCACGUCCCCAAGACCCCGCGCGAGAAGGGGGCUGCGGCAGCUAGGUCAUGGAGGCACCGAUGCAAGGGGAUCAGAGGCGAUAGCCACGUCGCGGACGGCAGAGCAGGCGACGGCGUCUCCGUCGUGGGGGUGGGCCGGCGGGUGGAGGUCACCCCCUCUAUCUCCGGGCUGGCUCUCUACGGGUCGGCGGGGCGCUCCCAGAUGCGGCGGGUGCUAAUGGGCCCGGCCAUGGGCGCGCAGGUGUCCGCCGCGAGAUUUUUACGGCGAGCUCCACCAUUGCAUGUAUG